UCGAACACCCAGUAUUUGAAAAUGGAUUAUCCCCGCCCCGACUUCCAGCGCAAAUCCCUAAACUGGUCCUCCCUCGACGGACCCUGGGCCUUCAUCUUCGAUGACCUCGACACAGGCCUCUCCGAACAAUGGCACCACAAAGGCCUUCCAUCCCAAGCAGACACCAACACCAAACAAGUGAUCAAAGUCCCCUAUGCAUUCCAAACCCCGGCCUCAGGAAUAAACCUCCUCGAAGCUCACGAAGUAAUGUGGUACGAGCGUACCAUCCAAGAUAUUCGCACCGCCUCCGAAAAAACCCACGGAAACAGACUCCUCGUCCGCUUCGGUGCAGUCGAUUACGAAUGUUCCGUCUGGGGUAAUGGCUCCCUCGUCGGAACUCACAGAGGAGGCCAUGUCCCCUUCGACGUGGACGUCACGGAUGCAUUCCGCCAUGAUACUAGCGCCUUACUCACGCUGCGCAUCAGAGACUCGCCAUAUGACCUGACCCAGCCGCGGGGGAAACAGUACUGGAAACCUGUUCCGGAGAGUAUCUUUUACACGCCUACGGGCGGUAUCUGGCAAUCUGUUUGGGUGGAGAGUGUGCCGUCUAUGCGAUUAGCGUGUGGUAGUGGUGGGACUGUGCUUCGGUCGGAUGAUAUUGACAGUGGAGAGCUUCACGCUCAGAUUUCGGUGAUGGAUCGCAAGGCGCGUGCGGAGUGUAGUGUUGAAGUUGAGGCCAGUCUUGGGGGUUGCUUUGUUGGGAAGAAUAAGGUGGCUCUUCCGGCAGAGAGGAACUGGGUGAAUGUGGAUUUGAGUAUGAGGGUUCCUAAUGCGGUGGAGAUGCAGGGGCAGGCGCCGUUUGAUGGAGAAGGGGCUUGGUGUGAUGGUGUUGCACUAUGGGCGCCUGAGCAUCCGAUUCUCUAUGAUUUGGUGCUGCGUCUUUAUGAUGCCUCUGGGGAGGUGGUUGAUGAGGUUGAGACGACCACUGGAAUGCGCAGUCUGUCGUGGACUACUGGGGAUGGGACUUUCAGGUUAAAUGGAAAGCCUCUAUUCCAGAUGUUAUUCCUGGAUCAGGGCUAUUGGCCGGAGACAGGAAUGACGCCUCCUUCUUCUGAGGCUCUCAAGGCGGAUAUUGAGAUGGCGAAGGCUGUUGGAUUCAAUGGAUGCCGCAAGCACCAAAAGGUCGAAGACCCGAGAUUCCAUUAUUGGGCUGAUCGACUCGGUUUCAUCGUGUGGGGUGAGAUGGCCAAUGCCUACGAGUUUGGAAGUGACUACAUCGAAAGGAUGAAUAGCGAGUGGACCGAGGCCGUUAAGCGAGACCUCAACCACCCGUGUAUCAUUACCUGGACACCGAACAAUGAGAGCUGGGCCUAUACUUCUCUGAAGGAUAACAUUGACCAGCGGAACCAUAUGCGUUCGCUAUACUACUUGACCAAAACACUGGAUCCAAGCCGUCCGAUUAACGACAACUGCGGUUGGGAGCACGUCUUAACCGACCUUACCACCUACCAUGACUAUGCCGACUCCUCGGAGCUUACAGCCACAUGCUCAAAGAUGGAAGGAGGAAUCCUCGCCCCAAAGGCAGGCCACGAAUUGUUCACCAAGCCAAUCUACUCCGGUUUCUCCGGUCACACGCUCCUCGACCCAGGAGCCCAACACAAAGCAGGCGCACCUGUAAUCUGCACCGAGUUCGGAGGCGUCAACAUUGCACCGGCUCAGGAUGCUAAGGCCGGCGAUCGGGACUGGGGAUACACCACUGCUACGGACCAGGAAGAUUUCUUGAAGCGGUUGGAGAACCUGAUCAUGGGUAUUGUAAAGGGUGGACAUACCUGUGGUUUGGUGUAUACGCAGUUGUGUGAUAUCGAGCAGGAGGUUAAUGGGUUGUACUCAUAUGAUCGCAAGGCUAAGGUGCCUGUUGACAAGGUCAAGGCGGUUAUGGACGCUGCUAGUGAUUACUAUUACCAGCAUGUCCAGACUCAUGGACCGAGGGGGUUCAAGAAGUUUUUGCAUUCCCUGCACAAAAACUAA